AUAUAGAAGCACUGCAAUACCAGACGCAUAUUUCGGUGGAUGUAAAGAGAGAAAUAAAGCGAGCGAAAUUGUUAUGUCUGAGAAAAUAAUUUGUGAGCAAGAGAAUUAGGUUUUCUUGGAGUGAAGCUGCAGGGAAGAACCGAGAAAAUUACAGUGAUUUUCUAGGGUUUCUGGAAGAAUUUUCCACGAAGCCAAACGGGGCCGUUUAACAGCGGCGUAGUUUCCAGGAAAUCGAAAGAGAAAAGGAGACUUUGACGAGGAGGGAGAUGGAGACUGUGAGCAGCGCAUAUUAUUUAGUAUUAUAAAUAUAAUUGUUGUUAUCUUGUUUUCUUGCUUUCGGAGAGAGAGAUAAAUAUUUUUUUUACCUUAUUUGGUUGUUUUGAACGAAAUAAACAAAUAAAAAGAGGUUUCAAUUGUGUGCGAGAGAGAGAAAGAUAAAGAGAGAGAUGGCUUCUUCGUCGUCGGCGACGGUGGCUGUGGAGAAGGCGACGAGCGACCUUCUGAUUGGGCCUGAUUGGACUAUGAAUAUCGAUAUCUGCGAUUCCGUUAAUUCUCAUCGUUGGCAGGCAAAAGAUGUUGUGAAAGCUGUAAAAAAGAGGCUGCAGCAUAAGAACUCUAAAGUGCAACUACUUUCUUUGACGCUUUUGGAGACAAUGGUGAAAAACUGCGGUGAUUAUGUUCAUUUUCAAAUUGCUGAGAAGAAUAUAUUGGGAGAGAUGGUCAAGAUCGUAAAGAAAAAGUCAGAUAUGCAUGUUAGAGAUAAAAUAUUGGUUUUAUUGGAUGCCUGGCAAGAGGCAUUUGGUGGGCCUGGAGGGAAGCAUCCCCACUACUACUGGGCAUAUGAGGAACUAAGGCGUUCUGGAGUACAAUUUCCCAAGCGAUCCUUGGACACAUCUCCUAUAUUUACACCACCUGCUAGCCAUCCAACACUAAGAAUUACAGAACCUGGAUAUGGAAUGCCGACUAAUUCUUCUAGAAGACUUGAUGAAACAAUGGCAACAAAGAUAGAAGGCUUAAGUUUGUCAAGCAUGGAUGCUAUGCGGAACGUUAUGGAACUUUUAAAUGACAUGUUGCAAGCUGUGAAUCCUAGUGACCGCUCAGCUGUUAAAGAUGAAAUAAUUGCCGAUGUUGUCGACCGAUGUCGUUCGAACCAAAAGAUGCUAAUGCAAAUGCUAACUACAACUAGUGAUGAAGAACUUCUUUGUCGAGGUCUUGAAUUAAAUGACAGUAUGCAGAUCGUCCUUGCAAAGCAUGAUGCUAUAGCUUCUGGUUCUCCCAUGCCAAGUCAAGUUACAAACUUGAGACCCCAACAAACUGAAUUUUGUGAAUCCAGUGUGAAACAUGGAGAACCAUCGGACUUUAGUCCUAGAUCUAAUGCUAACCCAUCUCCUCCAGCUGUGAAUAUGACUAGGAGCCAGAUUGAUGAAGACGAGGAAGAAGAAGAUGACUUCGCUCAGCUUGCAAGAAGGCACUCCAAAGGACAGCCAAAGCGUUCUGCGAGUACAUCUGCUGGAACCAACGAUGGUCUUGCAUUGAUAGAUAAUAGUAGUACCUCAUCUGUGCCAGGUGCUUCAUCUCCAGUUUCCGAUCAUGCAUUAGCAUUAGCUCUUCCUGAUCCACCAGCUUCUGUUAGGACAACAACAAAAGAACAGGACAUGAUCGACCUUUUGAGUCUUGCUCUAGCAACAACAUCACCCUCCUCUCACACCCCUCAUUCUCCAUCAGCCUCUAAUGGAAAUACGCAUCAGGUACCCGUCUCCUCCAGCACCCAAGAGCUACCUUUUGCUUCCCAAAACUUUUCUGGAAACCAAGGGCAUGUGCCCUACAAUAGUUAUGUUGUUCCAUGGGCCCAGCCUCAACCCCAGCAACAAUUUCAACCUCAAGCUCAAUCACCAUUUCAGCUCCAGCAACAAUUUGAGCUUCAGUCUCGAUCGGGGUUACAACGCCCACAGCAACCACAAUUCCAAUCUCCAUCCCAGGUUCCUCAGUACUCAUCUCAAUACCCCCCUCCACCAUGGGCGGCAACCCCUGGUUAUGCCAACAACCAAAGUCAUUUGGCUGCAACAAAUAAUAGUAUGUUUUCUACUCCCAGAACAAAUGCAGCCAUGGCCUCGACAACCAUGCAGGCAGCUAGACCCUUGCAACAUUUUAACUCGUUCUCUUCGAGAGGAAGCAAUGGGCUUGCUGCACAUGGUGAUCCUCAGAUGAGCUCUGGUCUUCGGAAUCCUGCCCCUACUGUUAUUCAGAAGCCAUUCAUUCCGUCAUACAGACUGUUUGAGGAUUUGAAUGUUCUUGGCAGUGCGGAUGGAAGACUUAAAAUGACAAGUACUAACACCACGCCAAGCAUGUCUGGAACUUCUAGCCAGGGUAUGGUGGCUGGGAGAAAGUGAAAUGCGAGCUACGCAAGGGCACAGGAGUUGGAAAUAUUUGUGUGAAUAUGUUGCAUCUGAAAGAGUAAGGUAGACGAUUUUACCUUUUUGCUUGUUCAAUGAUUUCAUCAUCUUUAAAAUUUGCGUCUUUAAUUAAUGAUUAAUUUGCCGCGGACUUCUAUCUUUGUUCUGGUUAUUGUGAAAGGGGAAUUGGUUUCGUGAAAACUGUAAAGAAUGCCUGACGUCAGUGAAAGCCAUGGGCUGGGCUUAUCAGAUUAUUUUAUUAUUAUGUCACUAAAGUGGAUGCUUUCUUCUU